CGGCGGUCGGGAAAACGAAAGCGAAAGUCCCCGAACCGCCUUCGCUUUCGCCUCCCCGGCGCGCUCCCGAGGGCACCGCGGGGCCGGGCCGGGAGCGGGGCGCGAUGGCGGAGCCGGGGUCGCCCAUGCGGCUCAAGGAGUGGCUGAUCGCCCAGAUCGACAGCGGCCGCUACCCGGGGCUGCGCUGGGAGGACGGCCGCAGGACGCUGUUCCGCAUCCCCUGGAAGCACGCGGCCAAGCAGGACUACCGGCAGCAGCAGGACGCGGCGCUCUUCAGGGCUUGGGCGGUGUACAAGGGGAAGUACCACGAGGGCACGGACAAGGCCGACCCGUCCACCUGGAAGACGCGGCUCCGCUGCGCGCUCAACAAGAGCACCGACUUCCAGGAGGUGCCCGAGCGGAGCCAGCUCGACAUCUCCGAGCCCUACAAGGUGUACCAGAUCGUCUCCGACGGCGCCCGCGACGCAGAGAACGAUGGUGGCCCGCAGCCCCCAGCCGGCGAGGACCCGCAGGGCCGUGCCGCAGGGAGCCCGGCCGAGGAGGGCGUGCGGGGCGCCGGGGGGUCCGUGCUCCCCUUGCUCUCUGCCCACCCAGCUGAGAGAGGGUACCACGUGCGGGGAGUCUUCUACGGCUGGAACCCGACCCACGGCCACUUCCUCCCCAGGCCCCCGUCCUACCUCCCCGUCGAGGACGUCAACCACUCAGACUGCUGGCUCCACGUCCGCCUCUACUACUGCGACGUGCUGGUGAAGGAGCUCACCACCCGCACGGCCGAGGGCUGCCGCAUCGCCUCCCGCGCCGAGCCGGCCGACAGCGAGCGCCUCUACGGCCCCUCGUGCAUGGAGCAGAUCGAGUUCCCCCCGCCGCGGGCGCUCGGCGGCAGCAGCCGGGUGGCCGGCGUGACCGAGGUGCUGGAGCGGCUCCUGCCCCACCUGGAGCGCGGGGUCCUCCUGUGGGUGGCCCCCGAGGGGGUCUUCAUGAAGCGCCAGUGCCAGGGCAGGGUGUACUGGAACGGGCCGCUGGCCCCGCACCGGGACUGGCCCAACAAGCUGGAGCGGGAGAAGACCUACAAGCUGCUGGACACGCAGCAGUUCCUGCAGCAGCUGCGGAGGUACCUGAGCCAGGGGCAGCCGGCGCCGCAGUACCAGAUCCACCUGUGCUUCGGCGAGGAGUACCCCACCAGCGCCGGCCACCACUUCCAGAAGCUCAUCAUGGCCCACGUGGAGCCGGUGUUCGCACGGGAGCUCUUCCAUCACGCCCAGCGCAUCGGCCCCACGCUGCUGCGCAACUGCCCCCAGCCCUGUGCCCCCGGCGCUCCCGGCCACAUCGUCCACGUCCUCCAGCAGCUCUGCCAGCCCUGAGCGGGGCAGCCGAGGCGCGACGAAGCCUCGACCGUGCUCACCGCUGCGGAGCAAGGUGCUCAGCCUCCCCGCAGCUGCGCUCUGGCCCCGGGGAUGAGCGGCCUCCCAGCGGCGAUGCCGCAAGCUGCCGUGCGUGGGGCACUCGGCGCGGCGGGGACGGAGGUGGGUGGAUGCUGGCCGGAGCAGGAGGUGUGUUUCUUCCCGAGAACCGCUGGGAACCAUCUGGGGGGUGGCUGGGUGCUUGUUGGGUGUGCCGGGCAGCGGUCUGGGCUGGCGGGGAUCAGCCAGCUCCGUCCUUGUGCUUUGCACCGCGGGGACUCGCUGUCUGUGGUUUGUAGGAAUAAAGGUUGUGUUUCGUACUGC